AUGGAUGGAGUCCGAGAUAAGAUGAAGGGUUUAAUGAACAAAAUCAACAAUCCGUUCUCGAAUUCACCGUCGGCCAAAUUCAAGGGCCAAGGCAGAGUGUUGGGUUCCUCGUCGUCUUCUUCAGCCACUCAGUACCACCACCCAUUAUCAUCGCCGUCGUCCAUGGUUAACCACAAACCUUUUGCCGGCAAGCCUCCGGCGCCGAAGGUUAGCGAUAAUAUCGCUCCUCAGCAGAAAUUGCAAUUCAGGAACCCCGAGAAGCCAGCAAACUCGGAAAAAUUCGCUCCUCAGCAGAAAUCGCAAUUCAGGAACCCCGAGAAGCCAGCAAACUGGGAAAAACGCGACAUGUCUGAAAAUGGGUUCGAUCCCUUCAGUCCACUGAUUACGUCCAGUAGGAGGAACCCUAAUGGGUAUUCUCUGCAAGUGUUUGAGUGUCCAGUCUGUGGUAAGGCGUACACAUCUGAGAAGCAAAUUUAUCUCCAUAUUGACUCUUGUUUGAACGCAGCGGAUUUUGGAAACGAGUUUGACACUAAAGAAUCGGAAGAGAUUAUGAGUCAACUGGAGACCAGUGUCGGUUCUUAUGUGUCAGGGAAGCCGAGUGAUGGUUCGAAGGAGAUUAUGUUGAUACUUUUGAAGAAUGUGGUGAAAGACCCUGCAAAUGCAAAGUUCAGGAAGAUAAGAAUUGGGAAUCCAAAGAUAAAGGAGGCAGUUGGGGAUGUUCCUGGGGGGAUAGAGUUACUAUUGUGCGUGGGGUUCGAUCUUAUAGAGGAAAAUGGGGAAAUGUGGCUCGUUAUGGAUGAUCCUUGUUCAGAGAGACUUAGGUUGGCUAAAGCUGUGAUAUCAUUGCUCGAGACGAAUAAGGUUAAGGAGUUGCCGCAGAUUGUUCCGGCUAAGAUUGAGGAAGAACCUGUUGAACCAAAGCAUGUUGACCGACAGAUUCGAGUUUUCUCUGCUGUUCAUGAGAGUGUUGCUGCAAAAAUUGAGCUGCCUGAUUCUUUCUAUGACUUUACGGCUGAAGAACUGAAAAGGGAAACCGAUGCAAGAAAGACGAACUUAGAAGAAUCUAAGCUUUUAUUUCCCAAGUCCUACAAAGAAAAGCAGGCAACAGCUGGAAAAAAGCUGUACAAGAAGACUGUCAUUAGAGUGCAGUUUCCUGAUGGAGUUGUACUUCAAGCUAUCUUUUCACCAUCUGAGUCUACUGGAGCUCUAUAUGAGUUUGUGAGCAAUGCACUGAAAGACUCAAGCACAGAGUUCAGUCUCCAACAUCCGGACUUAGUCGAGCGCCGAUUGAUCCCUCGUUUUCCAGCAAACACAGGAAAAGCACCAACACUUGAGGACGAGGAUUUGGUGCCAGCAGCCUUCGUUAAGUUCAGGCCAGUCGAGACAGAUGAAAUUGUUUUUACAGGACUACGUAAUGAACUAGUUGUAAUCAGUGAACCCCUCGUGUCGGGUUCGGCUGUUCCUUCAUCUUAA